AUGCCCAGCAUCGCAGGAGUGAAGUAUAGUGAAGGUACCCUGGCGGAUUUCCAAAGGCUCUACUACUGUGCCCCUCCGGGCAAGGACAAAUUUUGCGGCGUGCCACCUUGCACUGGUUGCAGCAACCCUCCCUGCAACGAUUGCUUUGCAGGGCAUCAGUUGUACGCCUCCCUGCGGCCCGGCUGCGAUGGCAACAACCGAGGCAUUGGAUGUGUCCCACCCAAGUCGGCUAUGGGCUACAAGGGCCAACAUUGGCCAACCACCGUGGUGUACGGCGUUCAGGAGAUGCACAUCUUUGCCAUUGGCGACUGGGGUGGCAUGGACGGAUCCCUGGAUACCAAUGAGGGCCGUCCCAACAUUGUGGCCUACGACUGGGGAAAACGGCCUGGACCCAGUGUUUUCCCCAGGAGUCGCUGGAACAAGGCACACACUGUGAAGUUCUGUGACCACGACCAGCUGGUGGAAUGUUUCAACACUCGCGGACAACCUCCCUGCACUCCCGAAUGCGGCUACGUGCCAGGCGUGGAUGACAACCCGCAGAUCUUGGUGGCCAAUGCCUUCAAGGCACGCGCCGCCCUGAAGGAUCCGCAGUACAUUUUGAACGUGGGGGACAACUUCUACUGGGGAGGCAUUGAGAAGACCUGCGGGGAACCAAUGAACAAGAUCUCCUACCCCACGAAGCACCAGUUUGAUCAGAUCUUCGAGGGUGUUUAUCAGGGAGCCGGCCUCAGCAACAAGCCCUGGUUUAGCGUCUUGGGCAAUCACGACUGGGGAGGCUUCAAGUUUGACAAUGGCUGGGACCAGCAGAUGUCCUACACCUGGGCCAGCAAUCGCUGGGUGAUGCCAGCCCCCUACUACACUACCUCAGUGGUCUAUGCCGACCUGGGCUUUGAUGUGGACUACUACUUCUUGGAUUCCAAUUUUGUGGAUGCCAAACCGCCAGAGGAAGAUCCAAAUCACAACAUGUGUUCACGCAAGAACAACAAGCCCUCAGCCACCUGUGCGGCAGCAGAUGGUCCCGUCUCGGUGGACAGCUGCCCUGGUUGGUUCGCUGCCUUGUGGGCGGAGCAAAAGGAAUGGGUCACCCGGUUGUUGCCCAAGAGCAAGGCCACUUGGCAGAUUGCCGUGACUCAUUUCCCUUGUGGCCAUGAACAGGGCUUCUACAAGAGCUUGGCCAACAUGGGACUGGAUUUGUUGGUCACUGGGCACCGGCAUGACCAGGAGCUCUGGUUCCCGGAUGACUAUGCCAAAAACCACAUGGGAGUCACUUGCAUCGUCACAGGUGGAGGUGGUGGGAUUACCUCGGAGGCGACACCGGAUCCGGACCAUACGGAGGACUGGUAUGGGGAGGCCCAGUAUGGUUUCUAUGAUUUGACCAUCAGCAAAAAGGAGAUCUUCAUUGAGUCCGUGAACUACGACGGUGAGGUGCUCUUGACUCACACCGUUUACCCAUCCCGUUAAGAGCGGGUACCUAGCCAUGAUGUGCCAUGAUGUGCCUAGAAUCUUGAUGAAAUUGGGGGGAUAACGUGACCAUAGCGCCACUUUUGAGUCCCCAUGCAUUUUUUUCUCCAUGACCCACAUACGUUGGGUGUCAUGAUGAAGUGCUGAGAGUUGCAGCAUGUUUCAGCUAUGUACUCGUACAUCUACAUGUUGCUUGCUGAAUUAUCAGCCGCUCUUAAAUCUAUUGGAAACUGUAGACAUUCAGCAUGUUGAUGCCAAAAGUGACAUCGAAGUGCGUAGAUUCAGCGGCGAUGUUAGACUUUCGAGUCCUUCAUCCUCCCGCAUGUGCGCG